GGUUGAAGAUAUCAGGAGGCCUCAUGGGACCAAACCCAGGCCUAGUGCCCCUGCUUGCCGUCCAGAGAGCUGGGCUGGGCCGCCUCAGCACCAGUAGCCCUCAGCCACUGCAUUUGUUCUGGGCACCAGGGGGCAGCACAGCCCGAUGGGAUGAGGGGGUUGGGUCGUGGGUGUGCCUGCCAGGGGCCCUUUGCUCCUGUGUGGUGCCCCUCCCUUCCUGCUGUGGGCCUCUCUGGGAUCACUGCCCUCCCUGUGCCUACCUCUCAGUUUGGCCCCUCUGCCCACACUCCUGGCCAAGCCUCCCCUAUCUGCUGAUGCGUGCGUGCGUGCGUGUGUGUGUGAUUUGUGAAGUUCCAUUCUGAUUACAUGCUCCAGGUGAUCUUGGCAGGGCUCCUCGAGACAGUCCAGGCUUCACAGCUCUGUCCCCAUGGGGCAGAGUGUGGGCAGUUCUUGCCCUGGCCACCGCCUUGCAGGGGCACAGCUGGGGGCUCUGUUCCCUGCCAGUCUGCAGGAUGUGCAGGCGUGAUGUGUGCACAGAUUUUCCAGAGUCAUGGCACUAUUCAAAGGCUCACCAGUGAGCAGAGGCACCUGCUGGCCCUCAGCUUGGGGCUGCCUGCCUGGCCCUGAGGCCCAGAAACAGUGUCCCUGUCCUGGGUGCUGGUAGCCAGUGGUGACGGGAGGGGAGUGGUCAGUGGUGGGUCCUGUGGGCUGAGUAGGGGAUGGCCGGCCCUAAGGCCAGCCUGUCAGCUGGGAGAGGAAGCGUGUGUCCACAGCAGCUAUGUUUUUGCUGAUCCAGACUUGCUGCCUUCGAACUCUUCAAAUCAUAUGCAACAUGACUGAGGAGAGAAGUAAAAUUGCCAGGAGCAUUUGUGUUUACGUGGCUUUGCUUUAUGACAGAUGCUUGCCCUCCAGGACCCCCACUGUGGGUCCAGCCCCUGGCCAGCAGGAACCCCAGGGCUUUCUGUUGCCCAGGAAGUCAGAGAACACACCCACCUGCCUCAAACCCCUGGCACAGCCUUUCACAGACACUUCCUCUCCAAGGGCUCCUGGGCCACACCUCACCUCGGGGCUGGCCCCUCACCGCUCCAGGGAGGGGCCCGGGAAGUCUGUGCUCCACCCACCUUAAUUCAGCCUGGUCCUUGAAGCUUUCACCACGUGCUGGAUACAAACCGCUUAGUGGCCCAAAACUGAGCAGAAAUUGGAAAAGACGGGGGAGCUAUACUCUCUCCACAGGUAUGGCCCCGCCCUCCGUAUCCGGGGCUGAUUGGCUGUCAGCUGAGGGCUGGUCAAGGGGCGGGGUGCGCCGGCAUGGGCCUCUGAUCAGAUUGCUAGGGCCGGACGGAGCAGGGAGCGCAUCCUGGACCGGGCCCUGGACCCAGUGCCCGCGCGGGCCCCCCACCCCCUGCCAGCCAUGCGCGGCCUUGGCCUGGGGCUGCUCGGCAUGCUGUGGCUGCAGGUGGUAGCCCCCAGCGACCCCCUGCCCCACGUGGAGCAGUAUGAGGUGGUGUGGCCCCGGCGCCUGCCAGGAGCCCGUGCCCGCAGAGCCCUGCCCUCCCACUCGGGACUGUACCCCGACAGUGUGAGCUAUGUCCUUGAGGCCCGAGGACACACUUUUACCCUGCAUCUGCAGAAGAACAGGGACUUGGUGGGCUCAGGCUACGCAGAGACUUAGACGGCGGCCGACGGCUCCCAGGUGACAGAGCCGCUACCGAGGCAGGACCACUGCUUCUACCAGGGCCACGUGGAGGGGCAGGAGCACUCGGCCGCCAGCCUCAGCACCUGUGUUGGCCUCAGGUGGGU